AUGUUGAUUUUGGUAAACGGAAGUCCAACCAUAGAUUUCAUGGUGGAAAAGGGUUUGCGGCAAGGAGAUCCAUUGUCGCCUUUUCUUUUUAUGCUUGUGGCUAAAGGACUAAUAGGGCUAAUGCAAAACGUGAGACGAUUAGGCUUGUUUCGUCCAUUCAAGGUUUCAAAUGACUUAAGCUUCUACUUAUUACAAUUCACGGAUGAUACAUUAAUUGUUGGGGAAUGUUCUUAG